AUGCCGAAGGACAUGGUGAAUCGUAAGGAUGGCAGCGCAUCCAGCAUUAAUUGGAUUUGUCCUACUUUCAAAUGCAUGCAACGUCAAACUAGGAAGGAUUUAAACCCCCUUACGAAGGCCAAUCAGCAGCUUCUGAACUUCAGAAGAGUACCAAAUCCUCACAGGUGGACCGGUAUCUGUGCGUGUUUUCUGCUAGCGUUCGCUAACUUCACUCUACAGAAUCUAAAGGCAGGACAUCACGUGAACGGUAAGCGCCAAGAGCACAGCGAAGCGAGCGCCGCGCCGCGGCACGGUCGGGGGCCGGGCGUGACGUCUAUAGGCGCGCGGGGAAUACGCGGCAAGGGGGGCGGGGGGCACCGGAGGGUGUGGUGCACAUGCGCCGCCGACGCGUCGUCUCAAGGUGACCCCAUACUCGCUCGCCGUGCAAGCGCCCAACCCGCGCCGCACACUAAUCGGUUCCUUUCACUUCUGCACGAC